CGUACCCGGCCGGCACAUCCCCGCAGUCGUCGGUUGUCAAACGGCGAAGCGAGUGACUUGCGACUGUCGUCCACCACGAAGCGUCUCCGUCACAUCAUACAGCGCAAACAAACAUCAACUCACACGCGCGCCACAAGUUGUAGUUAGCAAAAAAAAAAAAAACAUGGAGACACUUAAACCUGUUGUUAAAGCACUCGACAAGGACGUCAUCGCCAAGAUGCGCACCAUCUUCGCCUCGGAUAAGAAAAACAUCUUCGCGCAGAACGUGUGCUCGCGCGUGGACCCCUUCGACGUGUGCCUUAGUCGCAAAUACCUCGAGGAACCCCUCCACGUCUUCAAUCACAAAGUCGACGAGGUGAAACCCACCACGAAUCAGAAGAGCAGCGGGCGUUGCUGGAUAUUCGCUGUGCUCAAUGCGAUGCGUGUGCCAUUCAUGAAGAAGCUCACCGUGGAGGAGUUCGAGUUCAGCCAGGGCUAUCUUUUCUUCUGGGAUAAGAUCGAACGCAGUAACUUUUUUUUGAAUAAUGUCGCUGAGGUUACGAAGCGCGGGGAGUCCAUCGAUGGGCGACUCAUGUCUUUUCUACUUAAUGAUCCGACGAGUGAUGGCGGCCAGUGGGAUAUGCUGGUGAAUCUCAUUACUAAGUAUGGUGUUAUGCCGAAGAAGAACUUUCCGGAGACGUUUAGUUGCGAGCAGAGUAUGCGGCUCAAUUCGAUACUUAAAAGCAAACAUAGAGAAUACGCAAAAGCAAUCCGAGAUAAAAUCAGCUCCGGUGCAUCGGACGCCGACGUGAAGAUGCUCAUCGAGGACCAAAUGCUCAACAUUUUCCGCGUGGUGGGCAUCUGCCUCGGCGUGCCCAGCGAGAAAUUCACCUGGGAGUACUACGACAAAAACAAAGCCUACCACUCAGUCGGCCCCAUCACCCCACGCGAAUUCUACGAAACGCAUAUUAAACCAGUCUUCAACAUCGAAGACAAAGUCUGCCUGGUGACGGAUCCACGCCCCACGAAUCCUUUCGGCAAUGUUUACACCGUAGAUUGUCUUGGGAACAUGGUCGGCGGCCGUCGAUGCAUUUACAACAAUCAACCAGCUGAACUCUUAUUGGAACUAACAGCGAAGAGUAUUAAAGAUGGCGAACCGGUGUGGUUCGGCUGCGAGGUAUCCAAACGCUUCGCUGGUAAACUCGGAAUAUUAGAUCUAGAUGUCCAUGAUUUCCCGCUGGUUUUUAAUCUGGAUAUUCAGAAGACCAUGACCAAAGCCGACAGGUUGCUGUAUGGUGAUAGUUCCAUGACGCACGCGAUGGUUUUCACCGCUGUGCAGACAAAUGGUCAAGGUGAAGUUACGAAAUUACGCGUGGAAAACUCCUGGGGUGAGGACAGAGGCGAGAAAGGAUACAUCGUGAUGUCCGUGCCAUGGUUCCACGAGUUUGUCUUCGAAGUUGUCGUGGAUAAGAAGUACGUGCCGGCGAGUGUAAUGGACGUGUUCAAGCAGGAGCCAAUUGUGUUGCCUGCAUGGGACCCAAUGGGCACACUCGCUUAAAAUCUCGUGAAAUGAACGAAUAAUCUCGAAACACUUGAAUCGUAUUUUAACAUAAGAACAUAAGAAAUUACCUGAGAUUAAGAGCGGAUAUCAGAAUAUGAGAUGCCAUAUAUUACAUUACAUAAAUAAUUAA